AUGUCCUCCGACGACGCCUACAUGUCCUUCUUGGACAAAGCCAACGCAGAUGUGAGCGGCAGCGCCCCGCAGCAAGGGGGCGGCACCGUCAAAACCGAAACUGUGCACAGCUCCCUGUCAGUCCCAAAGCCGCUGCAGUCCGUCGACGCAUACUACAUCUCCGAUACAGACGAGCCCUUCGAGCCUGUGGCAUUGAAGUGGGAUGGUGCUGCCAAGGGCGCGUGGCCUAGUGCUGACCAGCUCUCCUCCCUGAUCUCCCCAGAUACCGACCUGUCGCAGUCCAUCUCCAUUCUAUCCCCCUCCUCCUUCGACCCGAAGAAUCAAUACUCCGCCGCCCUGGAUGCUGUCCGGGCCGCGGCUGUCGAGAAAGAUUCUGGUGCUGACCAGUCGGCUGCUGAGCUGAAGGUCUACCGUGUUGAGCAAACUAGCACCAAGAUCGAGUACUGGGUUCUGGCACUACAUGCGCCUGAGAGUCGUCUUGUUGGUUUGCGCGCUAAGGCUGUUGAGUCGUAG